AUGGCUAGUGGUAGCCUAAGAAGCCUUGUAGCUUCAGCAGUCACUCUUGGUGUGACGGAAGCGAGAGCGAGGAUAUUUGGGCACAUGCUUAACCCAAUGGGACAGAGAUCUCCUCAUAAGAUAUUAAGGAAGAAGCUUAUUGGUGAUAAGGUUUCUGAAUGGUAUCCAUACGACAUCAAGAAUGAGGACCACAAUGUCUUGGCUAGAGAAGAACAAACGCGCUUAUCGAAGCUUGAGAUGUUGAAGCGUCGUAACAAAGGACCACCAAAGAAGGGUCAUGGAAGACGUGCUGCCAAGCGUAACAAGUAG